CUCUUCACUCUUCAGUCAGUAGGUUCUUUCCGCCGCUUCGGUCUUCCUGCUUCCUCUACAAUUGCCGAAAAUGCCUGCCGUCUCUAUUUCCUUCUCCCCUUAAUGGCUUAACCCUAAUCCCUUCUCCAAACUCCAAACUCCAAUCUUGAUCCAUAGCAAUCAGCAAUGAAGUUUUUCUACUCACCGCCCCAAUUCUAAGCCAACAAAAAAAAAACUCUGGAAUCAAUCACGGACAGUGAUCUAUGGAGCAACUCAAUUCACUUGUUUCGAUUCUCAGCUGCUACCCAUCAAUUCAUCAACAGCUCUAGGGACAAAAUUUAUGAUCGAGUCUUGUACAGCAUUACCAGCACUGAAAGUGAACCUGCCGAGGUGAAAGGUUUUCCCAUUUAAGAUUUCCUAUUGCACUCCUGAAAGGCCUGAAGCUUAUACCAGCAUAGCAUCAAGAUCAGGGCAGCCUCACGCAACGGCAACUUACCUAGGAUAAUUCCAAUUACGAUUACGAUUUUGAAGCUUCAACCAAGCAUCCUUUCAGUCAUUUCAUUCAAGGAAGAAGUCUAGCCCAAUGGAAGUGGAGGCUAGUUUUAGGGUGGCAUCUCGUAUCAAUUGCAAAGCGGUGCUGUAUUGCAAUCCAAUCUGCAAUUAUCGAACCUUAAACCUCCGUUUUCCCUACCAUCACCGUCUUCCCCACCUCUCAAAUGCUUCGGUUUACACUCUCAAAAGCUGCUACUGCAAAGCCGUUGCAAAAGAGAGCAGUACUGAAGUUGUAGAAAAAGGAAGGAAGAUGUAUUCACAUGAUAUAAAGCUCUCAAGCCUAACGGCUCUGUGUCCUCUUGAUGGACGUUAUUGGGCUAAGGUCAAGGAGCUAGCUCUUUUUAUGAGUGAAUAUGGUUUAAUUCGCUUUAGGGUUUUAGUUGAGGUGAAAUGGUUGUUAAAACUUUCUCAAAUUCCUGAAAUUCCUGAGGUUCCAAGCUUCUCUAAAGAUACUGAGACUUAUUUGCAAGGCUUGAUUGAUGGAUUUAGCUUGGAUGAUGCCAUGGAAGUCAAGAAAAUUGAGAAGGUGACUAACCACGAUGUUAAGGCAGUGGAAUAUUUUUUGAAGCAAAAAUGCCAGUCACACCCAGAGAUAGGAAAGGUGGUAGAGUUUUUCCACUUUGCCUGUACGUCUGAAGACAUUAACAAUCUUGCUCAUGCACUUAUGCUGAAAGAAGCUCUUUCUAUGGUGAUGAUACCUGCUAUGGAUGAAGUGAUUUCAGCCAUAAGUGACAUGGCUAUGGAAAAUGCUCACAUUCCUAUGCUUUCUCGCACCCAUGGACAGCCAGCUUCACCUACAACCUUGGGAAAGGAAAUGGCAAUUUUUGCAUUCAGGUUAAGUUGGGAAAGGCAAGAUAUUUCAAAAGUUAAAAUACUUGGGAAGUUUGCUGGUGCUGUUGGAAACUAUAAUGCACAUCUUGUGGCGUACCAUGAUAUCAAUUGGCCGCAAGUUGCGGAGGAAUUUGUGACAUCUCUUGGAAUUGAUUUCAAUCCCUAUGUGCCUCAAAUUGAACCUCAUGACUACAUGGCCAAACUUUUUCAUUCUAUAAUCCAGUUCAACAACAUUCUAGUUGAUUUUGAUAGAGACAUCUGGGGAUAUAUCUCUUUAGGUUACUUCAAGCAGAUAACUAAAGCUGGUGAGAUUGGAUCUUCUACAAUGCCUCACAAGGUUAACCCAAUUGAUUUUGAAAAUAGCGAAGGAAAUCUUGGAGUGGCUAAUGGAGGUUUGUCCCAUUUAAGCAUGAAGUUACCUAUUUCACGCUGGCAGAGGGACUUGACUGAUUCUACUGUUCUGAGAAACAUGGGUGUAGGUUUAGCACAUUCUCUUCUAGCCUACAGGAAUACAUUAAUGGGCAUUGGAAAGCUUCAGGUCAAUGAAGCUUCCCUGAGUGAAGACUUGAACCACACAUGGGAGGUGCUUGCAGAACCAAUACAAACUGUCAUGCGAAGAUAUGGUGUCCCAGAGCCUUACGAAAAAUUAAAGGAGGUAACAAGAGGAAGAGUGGUGACCCAAGAGAGCAUGAGAGAAUUUAUUAAGAACUUGGAUAUACCAGGAGAUGCAAAGAUGAUGCUCUUGAAUUUAACACCCCAAACUUAUGUUGGAGCAGCAGCUGAAUUGGCAAAAAACAUAAAGACAGCCAUAAAUUUAGUGAAUGGAUUGACCGCUUAAGUUGUGAGAAAUUAUUUCAUACACAUUUGUUUUUCUCAUUUCUACUAAUCAAAUCGAGGGACUACUAAGCACUUGAAAUUUUGGCACGAGAGUUGCAAAACAGCCUUUUUUCUUUCC